ACCCCUCACUACCUACGGAUACAUAUCGUCCUCAAAUUCUCCAACUCCUACUCCCACCCAAAGCAAAGAAAAAGAAAAAGAGAAGCAGACACCUCCACUACUAGCUAGCUAGAUUGGCUAGAGAUAUGGCUGAGGAAUGCACUGCUACUUAUCCCACACCGCACAGUUGUUGGGAUCAUCUCCACCCUGCAAAUUCUCUUUCUUCGUGGACUAGAAGUACUACUAACAGUACUACUUCUUGGCACCAUCAUCUUCACCAUCAUCAUCACCACCUUCAAAACCCUAAUUCCAACUGUGCUCCUAACUGUGAUCAGGAUGAUGUACUUUCAAUCUCUACUUCCUUGACUAAUGCUUCCAAUCAUUCAGGGUUAACUGUUGAGUCGUCCGGUAGUGGCCGCCAGCUUGGUAAUCAACCAGUUGUUCCUCCUCCGACGUCCAAUGACUUGAUUGGUGAACAUGCUUCGGAUAGUCAUAUUUGGAGCCAUGUUUUAUCGAGUGUUGGAAGCAACGGAGACUUGCGCAAUGGUCCAGAUGUUGGAGAGAACCUAUUCGAGGCAUUAUCGUCCAAAAGCACCUCAUCAGCUGGAAUCUUUGACCCUGCUUGUGACUACUUGAAGAAAAUAGAUGGCAAUUGGGAAUUCACAAAUUCCUCAGUUUUCAACAAUUUUUUCAAAAAUUUAAAUGGAUACGACGACACGAGUAAUGAUCAUGAUCAUCAGAGCGCAAUUGAAAGUGAAAGGUUUACCAAGUUGUCCAACUUGGUCAGCGACUGGUCUAUCGCCCCGCCAGACCCUCAAGUCGAUCCCCAGUUGAUUAAUCCAAAAUCAUGUGAUCAUAUCUCUUUGACUUCUAAUUCAGUGGAAAGCUACUCACAGCAGCAGCCUCCUGCCUUUUGUGGAUCAAUGGCAACAAUCAAAAACCCAGUUUUCAUAUCAUGUUAUGGUAAUGGUAAUCAUCAUAAUGAAGUGAAAAUGGAGACUCAAAGUCUUGAUAUGGAAGCCCCGACUUCCUAUUUUCGAAGGGCUUUCAAGGGUACUAAUACCAAUGGGUAUCAUCAUCAUAACAGUCUUAUCAACAAUUCAGUAUCAAUAUUGGAAGCUGACAACUUUUUUGGAAUGUCUCAUAAUUCUCCAUGCACAAGUACCAUAACUUAUAGCCGAUUAACCAAACCUUUGGUUGAUAUUCAUGCAUCAAAGCCCAGUUUUAGGCCAUUGAAUUUAUCAGAUUGCAAGAAACAAGGGCUCCAAGCUACAAAUUCUCUGCAGAAUAAACAAAUGCAGACAAGAAACAGCAAUGGAAGAACACAAGGGAUUACAAAUGACGGAAAGAAGAAAAGAGGUGAAGAAACGAUUGACAGUACUACAGUGUUGAAAAAGCCUAAGAAUGACAGUUCCACUGCCCCAUCGAUAAAGAUGCACGCCCCAAAAGUGAAGCUCGGAGACAGGAUCACAGCACUUCAACAAAUUGUGUCGCCAUUUGGAAAGACUGAUACUGCAUCCGUUCUGCUAGAAGCAAUUGGAUACAUCAAUUUUCUACAUGAGCAAGUGCAGCUACUGAGUAAUCCUUACAUGAAGCACAAUUCUCAUAAGGAUCCAUGGGGAAGCUUGGAUAGGAAAGAUCAGAAAGGACAUAUCAAGGUUGACCUAAGGAGCAGAGGUCUAUGUUUAGUUCCAAUUUCUUGUACGCCAAAAGUUUACCAUGAAAGCACUGGUUCAGAUUACUGGACCCCAACAUAUAGAGGAUGCUUGUAUAGGUAAUCGACAAGGCUCAUGCUUUGACAUAUACGAGAUUAUUAAUUUCAAAAAUACAGUAACUUAAAUAGACAGCUAGAAUUGUUUGUCACUGUUAAUUUCCUCUUAAAUUUCUUUUUUUUUUUAAUUAAUAGUUUAACUCAAUUGAUCAUACAAUCAUAUUUUAAA